ACACUUUUGGCAAUUUUGCAAUGUGCAUCAUAUUGAUAUCAAUUUAUAGUCUAUACUUUGUGGACGUUGAUGACAGUAGGAUUAGAGUAAUAGUGUUCUGUGCAGUAGGAGUACAGGAGUGGUUAUUUAUAUUAAAUAAAAUAAAAUUGUGGAGUCGUUACAGUGUGUUUAAAUAAACUAAAAUAAUUAUUGUUUUACUACGAGUACAAAUCCGGCAAAAUAAAGAACUAAAAUGAGUAACAAUAAUACAAAUAGAGUGCAUGAAAACCGAAGAGAUGGUGGUUGGAAUUGGGGCCAGAUAGGGGGAAUUAUUGCGGGAGGAGCGGCCAUCUUGGGCAGCUUAUACAUGAUGACCAGAAGUAGUAGCGCACAGUCGAGUAGAGACCUUCCUGGUGACCAGAGAAGAGAUAGAAACUCUCAAACAAAUAACAUUAACAGCAUGGUUGGAUCGGAGAGACCAAACCUAUCAAACUUGAAUGCCUUACUAGGGGACAUCCUUGCGCGAUGCGUCACCUUACGGAAAGAUGAUUCUAAACUCUAUUACAAUGUAUUUACGAACAUCUUCUACAGACUGCACGCCACAAUGAAGACAGUAGAUGAGUAUUACAACCGGUAUUCCAGUGAUAUCCGGUUUGCCGGCAGUCAUUACGAUCGACUUCGCAUCAAUAGGCUAGAUGAAUUUGAUAUGGAUAUCGUGAUAGGUGUCCCAGUAAAUACCGGAAGAGGAAUUAACGAAAACGAUAUCGAAAUAGAGCAGACGUAUCCAGGAUUCGUUCAACUUCGAGCGGGAAGGCAAUACCAGAACAUUUCGAUUCGGGAUGGGACCGACUGUGUCAUCAACAGAGCUGCCCACAGCUGGCUUGACGCGGGAAACUAUAUUUCACGAGCGAAGUUCACGAGUUGGUUUAGACAUGUCGUAGACAGAGCUCUGAACACGUUUCCGAGGCAGGACAACUCGCCAGCACUAGACGUCGACGGAAUCCUGUACAAUAUUCGUCUUUCAGCCAGUGGACCGGCCUGCACACUGAUCAUAGAACGCCCAAGCUUCCGCCUGGAUGUAGACUUGGUUCCAGCUCUGAAAUUCCCGGAGACGAGAUGGCCCAUUGGUCGAAAUUACCGUUCGAUUCCGCUGGGAUGCUCCAAGGGUUAUUGGUUGGUUGUGCCUAAGCCCAACAAGGAAGGGCAGUGCGCCUAUAUUGAAAAACGUUCUUGGCGAAUUUCGCUCCACGAGCAAGAGCGUUGUUUAUUACAUGACUCAAAUAAUUUGCGGCAGGCCGUUCGAUUGCUAAAAAACUUUCGUGACACCCAAAAAAUGAAAAAAAUUGCAAGUUAUUACAUCAAAACAUUGUUCCUUUUGGAAGCAAAUGAAAGAGACCCCCGUUGGGGCAGGGAAAACGUUGCGAUAAUUUUUGAGCAGAUGCUUCGUAAAUUCCACUCAGCAUUAAUCAAUAAAAACAUACCAUACUUUUGGAACAGGCAGCAAAAUAUAAUACGGCACAUAGAUAAUAUUGUUUUGGAUGCAUAUGCUCUAAAAGUAAAUAAAUUUAUACAGGAUUUGCAAAGCGACUACAGAAGCGCAGUGAAAUAUCUUCUGACUCCGCCUGAGCAGAAUUAUUAUUUAUAUUUAUAUUAGCUUGUUCAUAUAUUCAUGAAGAUAUAUAUAACAUCGAUGAAGCUCUUCUAAGUAUUAUUUUUCCAAAGGGAUAGGUUUUAGGAUUUUAGAAUUAUUGAACGUUACGACGAUGAUUUUUCCAUCCGAUUGAGGUGUAAGGGGCGAGGUUAAAUACCUUUUAUCUGGCGUACCCCACCAACUAUCGACGAACUGAAAUGCUGAAAAAUUGGUGUAAUUAAAAAGUAUGACUGUGCUACAUUUGAAACAGUAGGUACAAGGAAUGAAACGCGCAAUCGCAUUCGCAGAAUCACUCUCUGCAGCUAACUAAAUAUUCGUACACAACUUAGUUCUACUAAAUUGGAAGAUCAAAAUACUUGCAACCAAUUAUUACUCUUGGUAAUAGAAAGAAUUAGAAGACGAAAAACACAUAAUAUGGUACAAAAUGGGAAAGAAACUUGAGAAGCAGAUAUGCCCCAAACCAGACACCUAGACACAGUUGACGUCAUCAAAUGUACACUGUAAUUCUUAUUUUGUGUUUAGGUAAUUAUAAUAUAUUAUGUAAUCAGGUAUAUAAGCAUACGUAAUACUAAGCUUGUU